AUGGCUUCAGAAGAUACGACGGCGACGGAGACCGAACCGCAACUCUCCUUCAAGGUCAAGACGUCGAGCGAUGGAAACCACAGCAUUACUAUGUCUGCGGCCGCCUCAGUGCUAGAUCUGAAGAACAAACUUUCCGGCGAUGAUUACGAGAAGGUGCCUGCUGAGCGACAGCGGCUCAUCUACUCAGGGCGGGUAAUGAAGAACGAAGAUCCAUUGAGUAAAUACAAUAUUAAGACAGGCAAUACAAUACAUAUGGUCAAGAGCGCCGCAAGUAAUCCUGCACAAACACCUAGUUCAGGCGCUGCUGCGACUGGAGGUGUCCCUCGAGCUGCUGCUGGUGUACCAACGAACAUGGCAGCGGGUACGGCGAACAACCCACUUGCCGGUUUGACAGGUGCUCGAUACGCCGGACAUAUGGCUCUACCCGGUGCAGAGAUGUUCGGCGCAGAUGGUGGUAUGGGAGCACCUCCUAAUGAAGACCAAAUGGCACAGAUGCUAGACGAUCCUAACGUCCAACAAAGCCUUAACGAGGCUCUGAACAACCCCGCCAUGAUCGAUAUGAUGAUACAGUCUGUUCCAGGUCUUCGUGAUAACCCACAAGCUCGACAAAUGUUAGAAUCGCCGGAAUUCAGACAGAUGAUGACAAACCCAGAAACGCUACGACAAGCAGCGAGAAUGCAGAGGGUGAUGCAAGGCGGAGGUAUGGGUGGGGCAGCUGGUGGUUUUCCAGCUCCUGGAGUGACAGACACAACACCAGGCGCAAAUAAUGCCGGAACGAACGCUACCCCAAAUUCACAACCACCAAAUCCCUUUGCUAUGUUCGGUGCUCCCGGUGCUGGAGCUGGAGCUGCUGGUGGAAACCCAUUUGCUGCUCUCAUGGGCGGCGGUGGAGCUUUCGGUCGUACCCCGGCGCAGACACCACCUGCGCCUGGCUCAGCGGGGGGACAGGGCACUCCUUCUGCUGAAGGCGGAGCGGCUCCAAAUCCAUUUGGUAGCAUGUUUGGAGGCGGAGGUGCAGGUGGUAACCCGUUUGCCGGUAUGCCACCACCAACACCAGAACAGAUGCAACAAGCUCUGCAGAUGAUGGGUAUGGGAGGUGCUGGAGGACCUGGUGGAAACUUAUUCGGAAACCUUGGAGGAGCCGCGAGUCCGCCACCUCCAGCGGAUACUAGACCACCUGAGGAGCAAUACGCAGAUCAACUGCGACAGUUGAACGAUAUGGGAUUUUUCGAUUUCGACCGAAACGUAGCGGCAUUGAGACGGAGUGGUGGAAGUGUGCAAGGUGCGAUCGAGCAACUCCUCUCAUAA